AUGGCACUUGGACGAGGCGGGAUUAGUCGAGGAGCAAGUGGGCAGAGCGGCUUGAGAGAGGGGAUGGAUGGGAAGGAUGAAGAUGGGCUACUAUUCGAGGAGAUUGCAGAUGAUGAUGAUGAUGUGAGCGAGGAGCCAAUGGCUUGGAUAGGCGUCGAUGCGUGUGGAGAAUGGAGCCAAGCAGCUUGUUGA